AUGGGGCAAUUGUUGCAACUGAUCAACCAGUUAAACUGCAACAAAUUAUCCACCGAAAACACCAAUACCCUCUCAAUAUCAGAGAAGCUAACAAACCAGAAUUACACAAAAUGGUCCAGGCUGAUGCACUUAGCCAUUAGUAGACGAGGUCGUCUCAAUCACAUCAUCGACGACCCACCAUCCAAAAACGAUCCAGCGUACAACCAAUGGACCAGAAGUGACUCGAUUGUUAUCUCAUGGAUUUUGGAGAAUAUUGACUCAGACCUGGUGAAUCAGUAUCUCGAUUUCCCAAUAGCCAAAGCAUUGUGGCAAGGGAUUGAGACGCUAUACAGUAGUGGGAGAGAUGGCUUGCAAAUAUUCGACCUAACAGUCAAAAUCAACAAAACUCAACAAGGCACAAACACAAUCGAGACCUACUACAGUAAACCACUCAUGCUUUGGAAGGAAAUAGAUAGGAGACAACCGAACCCCAUGAAGGACCCAGGAGACAUCAUCAUCUACAAUCAAUUAACUCAACAAAAUCGUUUAUACCAGUUUUUAGCCGGAAUCAAUGAGUCAUUUGACAAAGAAAGAAGAGAUCUUCUACUCUUAGACCCACUCCCAAUAGUGGAGGAGGCCAAUGCUAGCAUAAGGAGGGAGGUAAUAAGACGUCACAUCAUGAAAACGGAGCCCUCAUCAGAUCUAGAAUCACCGGGCUCCGGUGGAGUUUUCUCGGCUAGAGGAAGGACUUACCGGCGAGAUGAUGAUAAAACUCACCUAAAAUGUACCCACUGUGGAGGUACAAGGCACACAAAAAACGAGUGCUUUAAACUCGUUGGGUACCCGGAGUGGUGGCCAGACACAAAGAAAAAGGGGGAAAAGAAGCCGGCAAGAUAUUUCGAUCAGCACCUGACCGGCAGAGCAGCGGUGGGGUGGAGCAUAGAAGAACCCCCAUCCAUGGAGGAAAGGGAAAACCAAGGUGGAGCCAUGCAAGUCACCUGUAUCAGAGAUGGAAAAGGAAACAACACACGCAAGGAGGAAGAAGGAAACGACGCACCUCCACAGAAACAAGAAACAGGUCUAGGGUUAAGGAGAGUGGGGAGUGAAGACAAGGGACCUCAACCCUUUAUAAAGAGGGGAGGGUCACGUGCCUCACACGCCACUCUUCCUCCCAAUCAAUUCUCGACCUCCUUUAAUACUUUAUCUUAUCUCGAAGGGAAUUGGAUUUUUGAUUGUGGUGCUACAGAUACAAUGUCAUAUGACCCGAAAGAUUUUUUAACUCGUGACAAACCUAUGAAAGACAUCAUUAAAACAGCUAAUGGGGAAGUGAUUAAAGUGAGCGGAGUCGGAAGACUCAAAACUGAAUUCAAAUGUGAAACAUGCAUUCUUGCAAAAAGUCAUAAACAUUCAUAUUCUAGUAGUUUGAAUAAAGCUGAUAUGCCUUUAAUGCUAGUUCAUUCUGAUGUAUGGGGCCCUGCUCCCGUUGUAGGAUUACAUGGUUUUUCAUACUUCGUUACUUUUAUUGAUGACUGCACCCGUAUGAGUUGGAUUUACUUCCUUAAACAGAAGUCUGAGGUGUUUCAUGUGUUUGUUGAAUUCUAUAAUAUGAUUUGUACCCAAUUCCAAACCCAACCCCGCAUGUUUCGAACUGAUAACGGUAGAGAAUACAUUAAUUCUAACAUGCAACAAUUUUUUAAACAGCAAGGUCUUAUACAUCAAACUUCUUGCCCUAAUACACCCCAACAAAAUGGAGUGGCAGAACGGAAAAACCGCACACUUCUUGAGAUGACCCGUGCUAUUAUGCUUGACUCUCAUGUUCCCACUCAUCUUUGGCCCAAAGCCAUCGCUACUGCCAAUUACCUUACCAAUAGACUUCCCACCAAGAGCCUUCAGUAUCACACACCCCUAGUCACUCUACAAACUCAUAUUUCUAUACCCUCCUCACAUACUUUACCUCCUCGUAUAUUUGGGUGCACAGUAUUUGUUCAUUGUCCAGCAAGGGUGCGUAAUAAGUUUGAACCAAGAGCAGUCAAAUGUGUUUUUAUUGGAUAUGGUCGCAAUCAAAAAGGUUAUCGGUGCUAUGAUCCCUCGACUAGAAAAGUCUAUACCACGAUGGAUUACGAGUUCAUCGAGACUGAGUACUACUAUCCCCAUCUUCGCCGUCAGGGGGAGAAGUAUCAUGACGACGACGAUCUCAGUUGGCUCAUUAGUCUGUGGUUGCCCAACCUUGACCCAAAAGAUCAAGUUGACAAUGCUACAGAGUCACCUCACCAAGAUGUUCUGUCCACUCCUCUACCACUACCAAUCCUGUCUGACCAUCAAGUAAGUCAUACUGUUCUUGAUAACGUUGUUUCAGCAAGCACUAACAGCAACACUAACAGUGAUAAUGUGCUUGUUGAUACUCUGACUGAGGAAGUUGCCACAGAUACAGUUGAAACAAGGGGUCAUGAUGCAUCAUAUAUGUUACCUCCUCGCUCCACUCGAGGGGUUCCUCCAAUCCAAGAAGGAAAUUUGUCACAGAGUGCCUUAGCAUUUAAGGUUACUUUAGAUACAACCAAGAGCCCAACCACAGUCGAAGAAGCCCUAAUGUCUGCACAUUAG